CUAUGCCAUAUGCACCACAUCCCGAAGUCUCUCUUUCAUUAAGUUUUGGCCAUCCCAAACUUUCCAGUGUGAGUGAGGAAAACCAAAAAUGAGGGCCUCAUACAUUGCUGCAGUGUGUGCUGUGCUAGUGUUGCUCUUAGCUGAAGCACAGCUCUCAGUGGCUGCUGCAACAUGCAGCCCAUCUGAGCUGAGCCCUUGCAUGAGUGCAAUCACGUCGUCAAGUCCGCCUUCAAAACUGUGCUGCACUAAGAUCAAGCAGCAGAAGUCUUGCCUUUGCCAAUACCUCAAGAACCCAAGUAUGAAGAAAUUUGUUACCUCCCCUAAUGCCAAGAAGGUUGUUACCACUUGUGGAGUUCCUAUUCCCAAGUGUUAAUGCAUAAACUACUCCCUUUUUUUAGAGGGACUACUAGUCUCUCACUCUUUUAUGCUUCUUACUACAUACUAAUUUAAUGGGUGGAGAGAGAAAAGUCUGUUUAUGGUGUAUGGUUGUUUUAUUGGCACUAGUACUUAUUAUGGAAAUAAAACAAAGUCUUAUCUUA